AUGCGGGUCUUCCCGACGAGCUGGAUUUAUCGGAUCGUGUUUUAUCUCUAUUGCGUCUCCCUCAACCCCGUCUUGAGCGCGUGCUGGGAUGACUUCCGGUCCCUCGGCUUCGGCGGCGUCCACGCGUCGACCUUGGCGAGGGUUCUGGAGGUCUUCACGUCCUGCGGCGUGCACGAAUUUUACCUCCCGUUGCUCGAGGAAAUGCGAAAGGAGCCGAUUGUGAUCAAGCUAAUGAGUACCUCGGAUAGUGAGACUGGCAAGCUCUAUCGAGGGCUUCUGAUAAACACGGAGAAGGAGACGGGGUGCGAUGCGCUGCGGGUGUUAUCCAUCUUUUGGCAUCUCAUCGUGAGCUUUUACCCCAGUCGUGAGAUGUGGGCGAUCCACCGCAUGCUGUGCAUCUGCGUCUUGCUUCAUCUGAUCUUCCAAAAUAGCCUCGCGCAUCUCGAUUCAAACACCUAUCUAUCGAACGAGCACGCUUUAAUACUUUUGCAGCGUCAUGGGGAGUACUUGGAAGCGCAUGAGGCAAGCCGCUGGAUGUAUAUUUUUCAGAUCCUAAAACCCCGCGUGACUGGCAGUCCUCUCCCUUCCCUAAGCUCUCUGAAGAGGGCAUUGAAAUUAAAGUGA